UUUUUUUUUUUUUUUUUUUUGGUCUGUUUUGAUGUUUUGCGAAGUAAUCCGUUUUGUUUCUUAUGUGUAGCGAAAGCCGUGGAAUACAUAAGGGAGGGGAGGGUUUUGUGAGUAUCUUAGGGCAGUAGCUCGCUUGUAGUCUUCUGGGGCUUCAUUCAUCUGGUAUUCACCAGCCUCUUAAAUGAGUACGAUUCGACUGUAAUCUUGGCCUCCUCUCGAGGAUUGUAGAUCAGAAUGCGACAGAACUCUCCUUUUCUUUCAGUGCCAACUUCGAAGACUAUUGCUGAAUUCUGUAUUCGGAGACCCUUUCAAAGUCAUGUAGUAAAUUUAGUGUUGCCACGGUUAAAGUCACAGCUUGAUUUCCAGCAGACAUCCUCACAGGAACGAUAGUAUGUCACAGGCUUCGUUGCUUGCCUACGAUGCUGCUAUAGAUGGUUCUCUGAGCACUGCAGCGUAACUACAAUCCGUGUUUUUCUCCAGUUAGUGGUGGAUUCCGGCAUUAAGAGAUACGAUAUAUUUGGUUCGUGUUCGAGAAUGCGAUAUAAUGUCAAGUGCUUAAAGGAGGAAGUGUCACUUCAGAAGAGGAUGUGAGAGGAUGGUGUACGGGUUUCUGGCUCUCAGCCUUAGAGUAAUCCGAAGUAAUCAGGGAUGGGGAGCGUGAAUGAAGAGAUUUCAGCCAUAUUUCAGAGCAGCCAUGCAAGCUUGUCUCAAGGCUCGCUUGCAGGAGUUAUGGCUCCUGUGACGAGCCCUGACAUGUUUGCGUCUUUCUCCAGCCAUGCCGCGCCACCUUCAAGUUUUCAGCAAGGCGGUGGCCUUGUGCGAACGUCAAGCAUGUCGCAGACAGCGUUAGGAAACACUUUGCAUAACAACCGACAGCAUCCAAGCAGGGGAAACCCGUCAUCCCAGAGAUGGCCCUCAAUGGCGGGGGACGAGAAGUGGAUGUUAGAUGCGAAGGGCGAGGUCCUCGAAAUGCACGCAUCAAACUCCUCGUUUGGUGCAGGUUUCGAGAGCUUCAUGCCAAUGAUCAGCUCUGCCCCCCCUAACGGUGGUCUCCAACGCUACCAUUCUGCUCCAAGUACAUUCCUCCAAGCCCUCUCGGAGGAUGCAUUCACGCAACUCCCGCCUAUUGGAAACUCCAACAUGAGCGGCAUGUUCUCUGAGGGUGGACUUGCUCCCAUCACCGAGCAGAUGGACGUGGAGCGUCCUAGUAGUGGUAACAGCAUGAACGACUUUGAGCAGUUCCUAUCCCCCGACAGUGAUUUCAGUCGGAGAGCUGCCAUGUCCGCCCUUGGCAAACCUGAGAAUGAAACUUAUUCGAGUAUUUUUCCUGUCUCAAAGAGUGCUGGUUUGGUGCGCCAGAAGAGUUUACCGGUUCCUGCAUUGGCCCAACAGAACGUUCCACGACAAGAUGCAAUUGAGGAGCAUAAUUCAGAGGAGAGCCUCUCCGGAACGUCAGAGGACAAUAGCCUUGUCAAUGGCCUCAAGGCGUACUUACAAGACGAUGGAUUUGCUAGAGAUGCUCUUACUUGGCCGGCAAGCCCUGGCACUUCAGGCGGGAAGAGACCAAGGAGAUUCCCAGGAGAGAGCGAAACAUCUAGCGGGUCUGCGGAGAAUUCCAAAUCCUUUCGAUUGAACAGUCAGUCCAACGGUCUUAUCCGUCACAUGAGCUUACCAACACCUACAGAUGGGCCGGCAAAUCAAAACUCUGACGACCAGUACGUUCAGAUGCGAGCUCGUGCGAAACGUGGAUGCGCUACCCACCCCAGAAGCAUUGCCGAACGUGUGCGUCGGACACGAAUUAGUGAGCGCAUGAAGAAACUUCAAGACCUUGUCCCGAACAUGGAGAAGACGACCAACACAUCAGACAUGCUUGACGAAACCGUGGAGUAUGUGAAAUCCCUGCAAAUGAAAGUGAAGGAAUUAACGGAGACUAUUGCACAGCUGAAAGCUGCCACACAGAUGAGCCCAUAAUCAGACGAGUUCUUUUGUAACAUACCAUGAAUUCUCUCAAUUGAAGUGGUUCUAGCCUUAUGAAACUUGUACAUCCAUCGGUAUUUAGGCCUCUUCGUUUAUAACGUCACCUCUUUGGUUGUAAAUGAACAGAUUGUUUGGGUUAUUGGAAGCAAACUUUUUCCCAUUG